AUGGGGGGCAAAGGGGCUUGGGGUGAUGGAUGUGGGUUCUGGUGGGUGCUUGGUCCAGAAGAUCUCCCAGGAGGGCAGGUAGCCGUGCUUCUCCCACUUCCAGACUCUGAGGACCAUGAAAACCUGUGGAGGAGUGGGGUGACACACACCCUCUCCAUCCACAACAGCGCCAAGCCAGUGCUGGAGGACAUGAUCUAUCUCUGUAUCUUGGCCUUGGAUUCCUCCAGUCAAAACCUGCUGCAGCAUUUUAAGAAGCGCAUCCAGUUCAUCCAUGAAUGCUGGCUCGGCGGGGGAGGCUGCCUCGUCCAUUGUCUGGCCAGGGUCUCCUGCAGCACCACUGUCCUGGUGGCUUACCUCAUGACGGUGACUGAGCUGGGUUGGGAGCACUGCCUGGCUGCCACCAAGGCUGUGAGGUCCUAUGUCAGCCCCAACUUCGGCUUCCAGCAGGAAUACAAGGUGACCUUGCUGCAGGAGUACCGUGCCUGGAUCCACCACGACUAUGGCAGGAACCCAUUCAAGGACCAGGAGGAGCUGCAGAGCUUGCUGGCCUGGCAGGAGCAGAGGCAGAAGGAGCAGCAGCUGGGGAGCAGGAGUUGCUCCUGGCUCCACUUGCCAGCUCCCACCUACCCACUCCCCUACCAUCCAGGUGGCACCAGCAGAAGCAGGUGGAUUAACAGGUAA